GCGGCUGGGUCUCUGCGGCGGUAGGUGGCUGCGGGAGGUAGGGCGGUAGGUGGGCCGCGUCGCCUCGCCUCGCCUCAGGUCCGUAGCUUUGCCUCCCUCUCCUGUUCUGCCGCGGCCCCACGAUGCCACAGUACCAGACCUGGGAGGAGUUCAGUCGCGCAGCGGAGAAGCUCUACCUCGCAGACCCUAUGAAGGCACGUGUGGUUCUCAAAUAUAGGCAUUCUGAUGGGAGUUUGUGUAUUAAAGUAACAGAUGAUUUAGUUUGUUUGGUGUAUAGAACAGACCAAGCUCAAGAUGUAAAGAAGAUUGAGAAAUUCCACAGUCAACUAAUGCGACUUAUGGUGGCCAAGGAAUCCCGCAGUGUUGCCAUGGAAACGGACUGAAUGGUUUGAAAUGGAGACUGUCAUGUUCUUAGGAAGUAAAUAUCUUUUGAAUUUGAGAAAGCGUUGGGACAGAAAAUACUUUAUGUAACUAAGUGGGCUAUUCAGAAGCCAAGAGAUCAUUUUUUGUACUUUGUUUUUUAAUAUUUACUUUAGAGAGCUAGGACUGUAAAUGCUUUCAGUUCGAAAGCCUUUAUUUAUUUUUGGAAAUGGAACAAGGAAUGGCUCUAUCUUGGAAACUUUUUGCAGAUUGUUUGAUGUUAGACAAAAUAAAUAAUUACUCUGGUAAGUUUGUAUCAGUAAUUUGAAAAUGAGAUAUCAAGAAAAGCCAAUUCUUCCUUAAAUUUAGUUAAUCUGUCUUUAAAAGAAAAAUUAAGUAGAACCAUUUUGCUGGAUUGAUAUAUUUCUUCUGGAGCAUAAAUUUUGUGCUGUUGAUGACCAGCAAAUAUAAAAUACGGUAACUGGAAUUAACUGUGCACAGCAGUAUAGCUGAUUAUAUACGGUAGUGUAGUCUCAACUAUAUCUAAAAAUAACUAUGAAAACAAGUAUGCUUUACCUUAAAUUUUACAAAUUUAAACUAUAUUUUUAAAUAUAAGGGAUUCAUAGUAUCAUUAACUUGUUGAGCAAAGACUAACUUUGAAUCUAAGUUUCAUUGCUCAGAAACAUCUGCUAUUACUUUAAAUGCAUGAACAGAAUGCUCACUAAUGGAUUGAAACCACCAUAUUACAGAAAUGUUUGCCACAUUUUUGCCAUCUAUAUUUUCUCAGAAGGGCUAAGGAUUAUUUGACCUGUUAAAUUUUUGCAUACCUCUAUGACACCCCAACCCAUUUCUCUCAUUACUUAACCAAGGUGUUAAGCAUGACUCUCACAACUGUUCUCCAUUAAACCAGAAGUGUGAUAUUAUUUGAUAUUUAUCUUAUGUUUGUAACCUGAGUUUUACCACCUGAAUAUAAUGUUCACAUGUUGAUUCCUACAUUAAAAUAUUUUUUGUUAGGAAUUUGUUGUGUUGACCAGCGUUUUAACAUGGAAAGUUCCAUUAGCCAUAUGAAUUUUGGCAUUUUUCAGAGAGAUCAGUAAAUAAAAUAUUACAUGAAUAUA